AUGGCCGAGAGCAAUCCCGACAUGGCGUCCCUACUCAACGAAGACAUAUUCCUACCCCUCGACCUCGAACUGCUCGGGAAUAUCGAGCUACCCACCGAGCUCGACCUCGCCGCCGAGUUGUUCUCACUCGGCAAUACCAGCCUAGCUGGUGAAAAGCUCCCUGGCCAGCAUCGAGUCACCCAGCGACAGCCACCUCCCUGGGGACCUCUACCUCCCCGACUUGUCCUAUGGGCAAGAUUUCUCUUUCCUAAUACCCGGCGACUGGAACAGCAUCGCCGGGGACCAGCAACCCACGGGAUUUACCGCAGACGACAACAGCUCGAGGUCGGUGAAGAUGAGUUGGAAGCGUAUGAAAACGACGUUGUCGAGAAUGGAGUAGAGGAAUCCGACGAGGAAGAGCUUGAACAGGACGACGAACCCGUAAGGCCUCGCAGUAUCAUACCGCUACCACGUAGAGCGGCAGAGGUCCGUGACAACGCGCUACAGCUUGUAUGGGGUCUACGGCCCCGAAGGGGCCAUCCCGCCGUCGAGACGGCAGACGAGGUACCUGCGCAUUCGAACGUGCCCCUCAAAUCGAGACAUGCCUCAUUUUCCGGCGAGGCCGACCCAACAUCCGCCUCGCACUCGGCAUCCACUUCCGCUAGCGCAGCUCGCCUCGCCAGCGGAAUUAAUCUUCAAGACAACAGUCACGGUCCCCGCAAGGUGGGAGAUCGUGACAUAGCCAUCAAGAACAAUCCCACUGCCAAAGGAAAGGGGAAAGCCAACCAGACUCGUGCGCCUAAGGCGCGUGGCUCCCAAGUAUCGGCGCCUCUUGCCAAGUCGAGUGGCACAAGAAGGUCCAAGGCCCAGGUCAAGAUCGAGCCAGUGAAAGGUCCUAACGGAUAUGCAGAUCCCACCGGGAUCUUGCAUCGGCUUCGAGAGGGAAUUCGGGUAGGCGAUAUUGACGCGGCCUUUUUCCCAGCCGAUCAAGCCGUAAGGAUCGAGAACAAUCGUUACACGUGCCAAGUAAAGGGAGACUUGACGGCUACGGGGAGGGCCGUGUGGCAGGGGACGAACAGCGCCGCCUGCGGUGUGUCGUUUACGUCAGACGAGUCGUACAAACGACACAUCAUUGCAAGCCACCUCGGAGUACAUAGAGGCUCGGGCGAGCUAAAGGAACGAAUCGGCAAGUUUGUGGUCUUGCUCACAAUAUGUCGCUGA